AUGGCCAUAGGAGCGCACCGGUCCUCGCUCCGCGAGGACUCGAUGGUCGCCGCCGGCGUGCCAAGUAUCGACAUCGUCGACGGGUGGCUCGCCGCCUUGACCUCUCUCGGCCUGCUGGGCGUCAUCUUGAGGAUGAAGUUCAGCAUCUAUCCCGACUUCAAGGUAUACGCGCAACAAGAAGAAGUGAGAGAGCGACUAGGCCUCCGCCCCCUCUUUCACUAUCUGUCGCCGGCGAGGCGGGCCCGAUUUCUUCGUGGGGGGUGGGUCGCUGCUGACAUGCCUACACAAGACCACAACCUCGCCAAGGUCCCCAUUGACGAGUUCCCAUGCCGUCCGCACUUGUCCAAGAAUAUGAGAGAGGUCCUGACCCAGUCGGCGAAGAACAUUGACCCCGAUGUGAGUCCCCACUGCCGUCCCCGAUCAGACUUCGUUGUCCUGCUGACGCAGUUUUUUAAACGGAUCUAUCUGAACGGAAUCUCCAAGAGUGUCGUCGGCGAGGCCAUCGUGGUGUACCAGGGUAUAGAUACUAAGCGGGAUGUAGUUAAAGCUGCAACUCGAGAGGGACUCGUAUACUUUCUUCUUCUUCAUGUCCAUAACUCGCCUUCGCGUUGA